AGGGAGCGAGAACAGGUAUUUGCCUUCAACUGUGAGGACGAAUGAAGCAAUACAGUAAAGACAAGCAAAAUAGAUCCUCAGAUGUUGCUGGAUUCUCCAAAACGUUUGUUCAAGUUCGUCACAAGCUCAGAAAGUCUUGUCUUGUGGGAAAAUGAGCAGGUGAGGUGUCUGGACAAUGUACUGUACGCGCUAGCGAAGACGCGAGGUUUCGUGAUGGGAUCGCGUCCACCUUCCAGCCACUUCAAUUGACCUUCCACAACCUCUUCGCAAUCAGCCUCACAACAACUCCAUUCAGUUUCUUGUCGACACGCUACAAUUGAGCCUCACCUCCAUCAACAGCAAUAAUGGUCCUCAAAAGAAAGCGCUCCGACUCGGACAUGUCCUCGGCCAGCUCGCUCCUCUCCUCACCCCUCUCAUCGAAAAUCAUGCCAAUCGACCAGUUUCAAUCAUAUCCAAAUCGUAUCCCGACACCUUCUCUCUUUCCAUCACGGACGCGAAAGCGCCACCGCGACAACAGGCCCUCAGAGGCUGAAGUCCACCAACACACAUUAUCCCUCCUUUUCUCUGCUCAGCAAUCUCCUCAACCAGAAUUGCAACCACCAUCUGCAUUCCCAUCACAAGAACCGAUAUCCUCACUGCCAACAACCAGUCAAUCAAGACAACAAUCGAGCCUGCAUUCAUUCUGGGCAAUUCCAUCAACACGACAAUCAUCUCCAUCAAGCAAUUCAUCCACUUCCGCACCAUAUGCUCCAGCCCCAGCUUCAUCUCUAAGUAACGUCUUCGAGGUGUCCAAUUGUGAGGAUUGCAAUGCAGCAUUAAACCCGACAGGGGACUCGGAUGCAAUGGAUGUGGACAUGAUGAUGGACAUUGAUAUGAAUGGUGGGAACCAUGCGUGCACAAGCUGUGGCAAACAAGUCUGUCAUAGUUGCGCAGUGAGCAAUCUGGGUGCGGAGAGGAAAUGUCUGAAUUGCGCUGGGAGGAAACAAGUUUGGGUUGGAGGCCUGGGAUGGAUGGAUCAGGAAUAGGAUGCACGGAUUUCACAAUUGUUGGAGUAAUGGUUGAAUUGGGAUAUGGAGUCUGGAUGAAAGCGCAGGGCGUUGUCAGGAAUCACUGGCAUGGCUUUCACUGUCUAUAUGGAUGAAAGACAUAAUACAAGUUUGAUUUCCCAGCCUCAGGGCAAGUUUCGUUAUCGUGCUAAAUGAUUGGGGACAGCGCUUCUUGAGGACGGCAAUAGGUGCGGGCAGCAAUAAUUGCAGACAGCAGCAAUCGAAGACAGCAAUGAUUAAGGGC